AUGCCAGUACCAGGUGCAUCUAAAGACCCCAGAGUUGAGGCACCUGUGGUAGCAAAUGCAGGUGGGAACAGCAAACUCGAGGCACCUGUGGUACCAAACCCAAGUAAAAGCAGCAGACCGAAGGCACCUGAGGUACCAGAUCAGCUGAAGAACGGCAGAAUCAAGGUGGUGGCAGCCACUGAAGUGUUGAAUCCUCGAGAUUUUGUGUGCAUUCAGGCUUUGCCUGGCUUUGAUCAGAAGGAAGGAAAAGUCUUGGCCAGAAGCAGAACAAUUUACAGAAGCAGUGAACCUCCAAGAGAACAAGUGUUUUGGGAAAACUACUGUAGGAGGCAACAGCAAUUCACUCAGGGACUCUUCACCCCCCUUGGGAAGCCUUAUCGUGAGCUUGGAGAGAUUGUCUACACAGACCCAAAGAAACUGACCCUCUACUCUUUGGGGCAGCUUGGACAGGAACCAGUGAAAAAAGAUGUGCAGGAAAAACCACCCCAAGAAGUGACUGAGGUUACUACUGACAAGUACUCUUUCAGUCCAGAGUCUGAUGCACCGGAACCGGUGAAGAGGCUAUCCCCAUUUAAAGAAACAGGAAAGGGGCUGAAGACUCUUGGUAAAGCUCUAGCUCAUUCAAGGUAUCAUAUCAAUUCUGUGAAGCGAGGUGGAGAAUACUUUCAUAUACUUCACCAAGAAUCACUGAAGAGGAAUAACACACCAAAAGCAGCCCAGCAGGCUCAGGGCACAAGAUGGAUAACUGAGUUACAGCCACCUGAGUACUCUGAUGUGGAGGAGUCAGACGAAAUAAACAUUUGCUCUCUAGCAGGAGGCAACCACGUAAGGAAGUCAGGGAAGAAGAAAAAAAAGAUGACCUUAAAGCCUUUCGUUCCUGUUUAUACCAGUGUCUUGGUUCCCAGCCCCCCUGGAACAAAAAGUGAACAUCUUUUCCGACAGCUGUGUGCCAUACACUGGCUUUUGGAAGCUUUGACUCUUGAAUCCAACAGUUCGAUGAAUUCCAUAUUAACUUGUUGGAAUCUAAUGGACCCUGGUGGUUGUAAAAACACAGUAAAAGAAAAUGAAGAUAAAAAGUUAGCAACAUACAUGUGGGAGGCCUUUAUUACAAACACAAAGAAACGCACCUGGAAAGCACGAUACCUUAGCAGGAAAAUAAACAAGACAUUUACCGCAGUCAUCUCUCAGCUUAGCAGUCAGUCACCUCACCGUGGUCCAUCCCCUCAUGGCAGCGUAAAUUCCACUGCACUUUGCUCUGAAGAUAGCGUCAAGAUUAAUGUAGUUUCGUCUGAUGUUCCGAGUGAGUUAGCACAAGCUAAAGAACAGCAACCUCUUUUCCCUUCCCUACAGAAAGUCACCCAGAAAACACAUGAAGAGGUGUUGAAAGAUGUCCAUAAACAAGAAGAUAUGGUUAAGAAGACUGGACUGAAGCGUUCAUUGCCAGUGGCUGAGAAGAAUUACAGAGUAAACUUGCCAUUCAGUAAGGAACAAGAAAGUAUAAUAUCAAGGAAGCAGAGGUCCAGAAGGCAGAGGUGAGGUCAUAGCUGCCGUAUCAGCUCUUUCAUUAAAAGCAAAUCUAACUUGUGUGCCAAUAUGAGGCCAAAGUUCACAGCGGUACGUGAAGAAGCAGCUGCUUGUUUACAUGAUACCCUAGAGAGCCUUGAGAGGAUGCAGGAAGAGCGAUGUCGUCAAAAAUACCAGGCUUUGAAACAAUUGACACAUUUUAGAAGAGACAUGGAAAGAAUAGAACAGCUGGAUGUGAGAGCUGAAAGAGAACAUGUUGAAACUGGACUAAACUGGUUUCCUGUAUUGCUUGCCAGACUCCCAGAGUCUGUGAAGAGUGACCAUUAUGUCCAGAAAAUAUUAAAGAAACUGGAAAAAUAUGGCAAGGCUUCUGACUUGAAAAUUCAUCCAGACACCUUUCUUAAGGUUCUGGCUGAUCUACAGGUGUGGGAACUGUGUUCUCCAGAAAUUGCUGCAGCUGUGGAGUUUGUACGUGAAAGUAUUGUGCAGAUGCCAGAAGAGGAUUUCAGCAAGUGGUUUCAGACAAGAGUAGCCCCCCUCAGUGCGCAGUCCUCCACUUUUUAA